UGUUUGGGCCCGCGCGGGUGGCGCACCCGCCGCCUUUGCGCCUCCCACCCCUGAAGUCUGGCUGCGGCCCCUGCGACCCGCGCCCCGCCGGGCGUCGCGGGCCGACAUGGGCCAAGAAGAGGAGCUCCUGAGGAUCGCCAAGAAGCUGGAGAAGAUGGUGGCCAGAAAGAACACGGAAGGGGCCCUCGACCUUCUGAAGAAGCUGAACAGCUGUCAGAUGUCCAUCCAGCUCCUCCAGACCACCAGGAUUGGAGUAGCCGUUAAUGGGGUCCGCAAGCACUGCUCUGACAAGGAGGUGGUGUCCUUGGCCAAAGUCCUCAUCAGAAACUGGAAGCGACUGCUAGACUCCCCAGCGCCUCCCAAAGGAGAAAAAGGAGAGGGAAGAGUAAGAGCAAAAAAGAAGGAAAAAGGGCUUGACUGUUCCAGUUGGAAGCCAGAGACAAGCCUUUCUCCACCAAGGAAAAAACACGUGGAAGAGCCCAAAGACAGGAGAGACUCUGUGGACUCCAAGUCUUCAGCCACCUCCUCUCCAAAAAGGCCAUCUAUGGAAAGAUCAAACAGCAGCAAAUCGAAAGCAGAGGUCCCCAGAACACCCAGCAGCCCCUCGAGCCCCACCUUUGCCCCCUCCAUCUGCCUCCUGGCGCCCUGCUAUCUCACAGGAGACUCUGUUCGGGACAAGUGUGUGGAGAUGCUCUCAGCAGCCCUGAAGGCGGACGACGAUUACAAGGACUAUGGAGUCAACUGUGACAAGAUGGCAUCAGAAAUUGAAGAUCAUAUCUACCAGGAGCUUAAGAGCACGGAUAUGAAGUACCGGAACCGUGUGCGCAGCCGAAUCAGCAACCUCAAGGACCCCAGGAACCCCGGCCUGAGGCGGAAUGUGCUCAGAGGGGCCAUCUCCGCCGGGCUCAUUGCCAAGAUGACGGCCGAGGAAAUGGCCAGUGAUGAGCUGAGGGAGUUGCGGAACGCCAUGACCCAAGAGGCCAUCCGUGAGCACCAGAUGGCCAAGACAGGCGGCACCACCACCGAUCUGUUCCAGUGCAGCAAAUGCAAGAAGAAGAACUGCACGUAUAACCAGGUGCAGACACGCAGCGCCGAUGAGCCCAUGACUACCUUUGUCUUAUGCAAUGAAUGUGGCAAUCGCUGGAAGUUCUGCUGACAGAACCACCAGCCAGGAUUGAACAAGGUGGGGAAGAACAAAGAAAAAGCACUAAGCCAUCGUAACUGGAGAAAAAUAAAAAUUAAAAUGAAGAAAAAUACUGAACUCUGAAUGGGGCAUUAGGGAUCAGAGGGAGAAUUCUUUUGCAAACUAAUCGUCAGUUAUUAAUAGUGACUGGCAGGUAGGGGGAGGCUAAUUGGGGUAUGAUGCUAAGUCCAUGUUGACAAACAUCUUGUAGAAACUUAGAGACUUCAGAGCCUUAGGGCUGAGGUGCCUUAGCUUUGACACUGGCUGGCAGACCUUUGCUUUGAGUCCCUUCCCUCACAUCUGAACCUCUCAGCCUUUUCUGAGUUGAAAAAUACCAGAUCGGCUCAGAUCCUGCCGCCCACCCUGAGUCACACGUGCAGAACAGCCGGCACACAGUUUGGCUUAGGCAACUUUCAUACCGUGUAGGAAGAUUUCUUCCAUACUCAUCUCUUCACAAACUCUCUGCUAUUCCCUGUUCCAAGCUGGCUCCGGGGACCUUUGAGGACUACAGACCUGGUCCCUCUAGGCAGGGGACAUACUGUCUUGAGCUGAGGGUUUCUGAGGGAAGAGUACAGCAGUGCCUGAGUUCUGUGGCCCCUGGGAGGUCCUGAGCCUUGGAACUGGUCCAGACCUGGGCAGUGUGUUCCUUUCAGCUCCAUUGUGGCCGAGCUACAGAGGAAGUCUGCAGGGCACAAGGAGUCUUGUACUUCUCCCAUGAUGAAAUCAGCUUGCUUUUUAAGCUGAUAGGAACUUUAGGCAAAGCUGGAAUCUUCUGGAAAAGCUUGGGAGCAAGUCUGGUGGGUCUAUCCUGGGUCUAAGUCUGUGACGUUCCCUGGCCUUCCAGCAGCCCCAGGCUGAACCUCUUGGAUUCUGUUUCCUAAAACUACUAACACGUAGGAGCUUGUGAAUUCCUGGGAGCUUGGGCAAGUCACUUCACCUCUCUGAGCCAUUUCCUUAACCAUAAAAAUGGGAGUGGUACUAGCGACUAGGGUUUCCAUCUGCCUUGGUUCACUCUUAGGGUUGCUGUUGGGUUAACUUCAGCCCAAGUUUAUGUGCCCUGGGCAUCAUCCACUCUGGAACUGGUUAUCAUCUUCCUCCUUCCACCUGCCUAGUGCCUCCUCCUGUAGAUGAAACUUGUAAAUAAACUACAGAAACUUGCCACCAUC